CUUACGUUAUCUUAUUACCGCUCUAUCUUCCUUUGUUUUCGUGUGAUCCGACGAAAAUGAAGGGAGGAAAUUCGGACGACAAAAAUGGCACCACGCCGAAAAAAACAAACUGGGCGACAUUGAUUUUGAUGACCAGUUUUAUCGUGUUAUAUGUGUUGACUGCAGUGUUUUUGUUUCUCCAGUACAAGGGAUUAGAGGAUCUCAAAUUUAGAGUAGCCAUACUUGAAAAGGAACAUGUCCUUUUCGAGGUUGGUCUAACCGACGACGAUUUGAAAUCAAAGAGUGAAAGAGUAUUCAGGAACAAGCGGCAGUUAACCCCAGACCAAUACACUAGUCUACUACAGGAAAUAUCCCAGAAACAGCUGGAUGUGUUGAUGUCAAGGUGUGGAAAUGCGUCCAAAAUAUGUCUGCCAGGUCCUAAAGGUGACCAGGGCUUGAAAGGAGAUAGAGGUUUGAAGGGAGAUCCGGGAUUGGUGGGAUCCCCGGGUCCAAAAGGUGAUUCCGGAACUAUAAGUACUUCUGGUUCCAUCGGUCCACCGGGUCCGAAAGGCGAACCUGGUUUAUUGGGUUUACAGGGUAACCCUGGACCUCGUGGAGAAAAAGGAGACAGAGGUGAUAUUGGCCCUCAAGGACCUCCAGGGGUCAAAGGUUCAACCCCUACUCGUAAGGACCUAGAUCUGUGCUGCACCACUUUAGCUGCUCCAGCAAUCGAGGGUCCAAGUAAUGACAUCAUAACAGUCGAACACGGACAUGACAUCACGCUUCCCUGUAAAACAUCCGGGGCUCCGAAGGCGGAUACUAAGUGGAACCCUGGGGUGGAUCCGACACAGCACGGGCGUUAUGUGCAGACCCCAGAGGGACUGGAAAUCAGCAAUGCACAGUAUCUUGACAGCAGGAUGUUUACGUGCAUGGCAAAUAACAUUUUUGGGAAUCAAGAGAAACACGUUUACCUGGUUGUAGUAGAUCCUAUUCAAAUGAGUUUGACCCCGAAAACCCUUGACGUCACAGCUUCAACAACGCCAUCUUUAGAUUUCCUCUGCACUUUCAAGGGAAUUCCUCCACCGCGCGUGCAGUGGUUCCAUGUUGGUCCAGACGGAACAAGACAUAAUGUGACGUCACAAGCACAGACUGGUGGUGGGCGGAGCACUUUGCAUAUUAGUAACCCGGAUGCACUGAGUUCUGGCCAGUACACCUGCAAUGUAUUAAAUAAUUACGAAACAGAGAGUCGGUCGUCCAACGUCACUGUUCAUUCUAAACCUAUAGUAAUGGCGGGCCCUGGUAGAGAGACCGCAAGCAUUGGUGAGACGGUGAUCCUCCACUGUGAAGUGGCCGGCAACCCCAGUCCAUCCGUCACGUGGACUUUCCCGAAGACGGGUUCUGCUGUCCCCAAAGACGUGACAAUCAAUGCGGACGGUUCCAUCACUAUCGCCCAUGUAGAUCAAUUCAGCGAGGGGAACUAUCUCUGCAACGCCUCUAAUUCAUUUGGAUCCGCCACUGCCUCUGGUCAUCUUGACGUUAUAGUUCCCCUGGUGGUCCAAACAAACAAAGAAGAACAUCCGGUUACUUCGGAAACUUAUGUUCAACUCCAGUGUUCCGGAAGUGGUAAUCCUGCCCCAACCUUAACGUGGCAAAAGGUUAAUUCGUCACCUCUUAAUUCAAAUCCUAGUAAAUACCUUAUGCUUCCUAAUGGAAAUUUGAUCAUUACUGGAUUUAACUGGGAAACUGACACCGGACUUUAUCUCUGUAAUGGCACGAAUACACAAGGAACCGCCGGAGAUUAUACAUUAGUAUACAAAGACAUGGGGCCAUUGAACUGUACCUCGACAUUCAAGGAUUGCUCCACCAAAAUCGGCGUUGCAUGUGGAGGCCAAUGUCCAGGAAACUGUGACCCCGCGACCUCCGGACCCGUGUUCGGGUAUAAGACCUACACGCCUACUUCCCCAAUUUGUUUGUCGGGAAAACACUUAGGCGUGGUAGGGCGGCCCGGGGACACCAUUGUGUGGACCGUGGAGGCGGGUGGAGAUACGUUCGAAGGAAGACAGAACAACGGCAUCAUAAGUCAAUUUUCGGGACCUCUUGCUGAGAAAAUCACCGUUUACAGCAAACGCCCGCAGCCCGGGGCCCACUCCACAAUCGCGCCCAUAGCUCCUCUUGGCGGUUAGCUAUAGCGGUAUACACAUUGGAUUGUUCUUAGUUUUCGUCUUAUCUAUUCACCCCUCCUUCCUUGUGUACUUGUCAAAACAUGAAGGAAAUGUUUGGAAAUGCGCGAAAAUUUAGAAUGGGUGAAAAUGUUGUAUACAGUUAUAUAGUUAACAAUGUAAAUAGAUCUUUUCACGAAUAAAGAUUAAGGUUGUGAA